UCAAAAUUUGUUUAAUAUUUGGCAAUUAUUUUCCUUUCCCCUUGAACCCUAACAACGACAGCGGAGGGCGAUGAAGACCGUCACCGGAAGUGUCGUUUCUUCGAAGCCGAUCUCCAUCUCGAAAGCGGCGUCCACCCUUUCCUCCUUCCUCUCCGCCGACAAUGGCGCUUCAAAAGCCCUCUGUGCCUACCUGAGGCGCGCCUCCGACUCUUUCAACGAGUUAAAGCACCUCCACAAGGAGCUGAAGUCUUCGCCUUCUGUUCGUAAGCACCUGCAUCACGGAUCUAAAGUUUCAAACGAGUUCGAGGCUGCCAUGGACAACGAAUAUCGGGUCGAAGACGGUGACAAGAAGAAUUCUUCAGUCUCCGAGAAGAAGAAGCGGCCAGACAGUAAGUACCGAACUACGGAUAAGACGAGUCUUAGAGUUCAAUCUGAUGACGAGCAGAGUGGGAAAACAGCAAUGGAAAACGGUGGGAAUGGUAAUUUGGAGGAUGUAUCAGGAAAGAGAAAGGGCGGUGGAUUGAAGAUUGAAAUUGAGGAUAAACCAAGCGGAAAAGUUGAGAUGGACGUGGAAUCAAGUGAUGUUGUAGCAGUUGAGAAAAAGAGAAAAAAACACAAGAAAAAGAGUGAGGAUAGACAUGGUGACAUUGAAGAUGAUGGACGUGAAUCUGGAGCCAGGCUCAAACAUGGUAAAUCGCAAAAUACUGAUAAUAAUUGCGAUAAUGCUGAAGCUUCUGGGGAGUUUGUUGAGAACAAUGUAGCAAAGGGAAAAAGUAGAAAGAAGCUUGAGGACAAGAGGAGUUUGGGUGAUGUGAAGGAUCAAGUAAAGAGUGAAGAUCAGAGGAGAGGAGACAUUAAAGAGGAAAGAAGCACAGAUAAUGAUAAUGGUAAUGGAACAGAUCUUGUGGAUCUAUUGACCAAGAAGAAAAAGAAGAGGAAGCAAAGGGAAGAAGAUGAUGAUUUUCAAAAGAACAGUGGAGAAGCUAUGGUGAAAGAGGAGGUGCCCGUUUUGGAUAGCAAAGAGUUGAAAAGGAAAGAGAAGAAAAAGAGUAAGAAUAGAGAGUUAGGAGAAGAAGGGCAUGAUGAUGGGUCAGAGAAGCAACAUAGUAGGAAGAGAAGAAAAGGAUGAACUUUUAACAAUUUUGGUGGAUAAUUAUUAAUCAGAAGAUGAAGUCUUUGUAUUGGAAGAUUCCAUAGGCUCUCAGUUUCAUGGAAAGUCUGUCAUAUCCAAAGCUUCUGUUUACAAAUUGCUACGAAUGGGAAGAAGAACUGUGUGAAAGGCAUAUAUAUUCAAAGAUAUUAUCAAAGGUACAUCAUACAUGAUUUGAUGUCAUUAGUGUUCUCUUUGUUGCUUAUUUAUGAUUGUUGUGGUAAGCUGUUGGUCUUUUCUUUUUAGUAAACAAUAAAAGCUAAUCUAUUUGAUCAAGAAAUGGAUCAUUCUGCAUUGGCCAAAAGGUUUUGUGCUUGUAUCUCAUUACGAAAAUUGUUCUUCUUCGAAUCGUCUGCUGACCAAACAAAUAUGCCAUGAAGUUCGCCCCUACUUUGAAGGGUGUUGCAUGCUUUGAAGAACCCUUUUUCUGGUUUCAAACCUCCACUUCCAUCUGUUGCAAAGCUUGCUAGAACUUUACCACCUUCAUAAUUAGAGCUUUGGGUAUCGAAAUGGUUCAAAAACUGAGAAACUGUUGUGCCUUUUCCGUAGGAAUAGAACUGGAAGUUGACAUAGUCUAUUAGAUCUCCAUACUUUCUCCACAAAGCCAUGUAAUGUGACUGCACAGUGUCGUCAUCAAAUGGUGCAAUGGAUGCAAAGGAAAUGAUAUUUUGACUUUUGAGUCGUUGUAGGAGUUGCCCUAUACACUCGGUAAAUGUAUCAGGGGAUGCUUUGAAGUGUUCAUAAUCGAUGUCAACCCCAUCUAGAUCAUACUCCUUCACUAUAUCAGAUAUGGACUUAAAAGCAUUGUUAACCCAAGAUGUAAUGGAUUUGGGUUUGAAGAAUACAAAUAUUCCAUCACCUACUGUAUCACCUCCGAGGCUGAGGGCAAACUUGACGUUCGAAUGCUUGGCCUUGAUGGAAGAAAUAGAAGAAGGCGUGAGGUUUUUUUCGUCCCAAAAGACUUUGAACUUGCCAUUUGUUGGAGAAGGAGAAGAUGAUCCUGUGUAAUCGAUAGCAAAGGAGAGAAUGAAGUGGAAUUCAACAUCUGAAUGAAUAGGCUUGCAUGGGGGCUCGUACCAAGGCCCACUGUGAAAAAGAAUUGCUUGUCCACUUUCUUAGGGAAAUCAGAGCUGGGCAAGCUGCGGAAUUUGGUUGAAAACGAUGGUGAUCGAUUUUUGUUGUUGUGGGUGGUAUUGUAAGACUCCGGCGGCCGUGAAAUUGUCGAAUGUACCGGGUUGAGAGUUGGAGAAAGGCCAGGCAAGCAUGUAGAAAGCGACGUCGUUUUGGGGGUUGGAGAAGAGUAUUGGUUUGGAAGGGUGUAACAUAAUUAGCAUCGGCUUCUAUGACUGAGAGUGAUUUGCAAUAGGGAGGAACCGGACCAUAAAGGAUUAAGAGUUUUUUAUUUGAAAAUUUUGAGGCUUAGCAAAGAUUAAGGGAUAGACUUGGAUGAAUGGGUUAGGAAAUGAAUAAGGGGAAGGUUGGGACGAAUGAUAAAUGGACCAUAAAAGAGUUGCUCUAAGGCCAAGAAAUGUGAGAAUGCCACUGUAGAGUUCCUCUUUGACCAAUAAUGGUGAAUUUCCAGUUUGAAUUUGGACAUUGUGUUAUAUAUAUAUGCUGGUCCAUCUGCCCAACCUGUUCUAAAUUGACCAA